UCUCUCCCUAUCUGAAGUCCGCCGGCCACGCACACCGGCCUUCUCUCCGCGACAGGGCAGGUAUUCCUGCGCGCUCCGGGUCCUGCUCGGAGGCUACAGCUGUGAACGUGUAACCAUGACAACUGCGCUCUGAUUGGCGCGUCUGGCACGGGAAUUAACGGGGGCAUCGUCCAAUCUGAGGCGAGGAAGCGCUGCGCGCUGGCAGAACCUCGUGAUAACCCAAGCACAGUGAUGUGAAAGUGGCAACGUGAGGUGAACCCGGAGGAAAACAUUGGAGCCGAAAAAACAAAGCACGAUCUGAGAGGAGUUAUUUCAAAUAAAAACAGAAUGAUGAGGUUUCAGCAGAAAAACAUGGCUGGUUUGUUCCUGAGCCGGCGCAGCUGAGACCCCGCACCCUCCUCCUUCCUCUCCUUUCUGGAUUGUGGAUUGUGACAGCUAGGAGACCAACACCGAGCCGGACCAGGACCAUAUCUGUUCAUGAGGAAUUGUUCCGCUGCUUGUUUUUAAUUUGAGUUCUCCAAGUUUUCGCCUGGCAGCGCCCCUCCCGGAGCCAAGACGUUGCUCCGCGUAGACCCGGGUUGCCCCAGUCCGAGCAGCGCAGUCCGGGAAGUGGGAAGGUCGGCCCUCGGCGUCUCACAGGCCGGCAACAUGAUGGUCCACUGCGCCGGGUGCGAGCGGCCCAUCCUGGACCGCUUCCUCCUCAACGUGCUGGACCGAGCCUGGCACGCCAAGUGCGUGCAGUGCUGCGAGUGCAGCUGCAACCUGACCGAGAAGUGCUUCUCCCGGGACGGAAAGCUCUAUUGCAAAAUGGACUUUUUCAGGCGCUUUGGCACCAAAUGCGCGGGCUGCCUGCAGGGAAUCUCUCCGAACGACCUGGUGCGCAAGGCCCGCAGCAAGGUGUUCCACCUGAACUGCUUCACCUGCAUGGUGUGUAACAAGCAGUUGUCCACGGGAGAGGAGCUCUACGUCAUCGACGAGAACAAGUUUGUGUGCAAAGAAGAUUACCUGAGCUCCGGGGCCAUCAAGGAGGUCAGCCUGAACUCAGUGUCGUCGUGCACGGACAGGAGUUUAUCUCCGGAUCUGCAGGACCCGAUACAGGACGACAUAAAAGAGACGGACAAUUCCACCUCCUCGGAUAAGGAAACGAACAAUAUUGAGAACGAGGAGCAGAACUCGGGGACCAAACGGCGGGGGCCCCGGACCACCAUCAAGGCCAAGCAGCUGGAAACGUUAAAGGCGGCGUUUGUCGCCACGCCAAAGCCGACCCGACACAUCCGGGAGCAGCUGGCGCAGGAGACGGGGCUGAACAUGCGCGUCAUCCAGGUUUGGUUCCAGAACAGAAGAUCCAAAGAGCGGCGGAUGAAGCAGCUGAGUGCUCUGGGGGCCCGGCGCCACGCCUUCUUCAGGGGCCCCAGGAGGAUGAGGCCUCUAGGAGGACGGCUGGAGGAUCCAGACAUUUUAGGACCAGGGGCUUACGGCUACUACGGAGAAUACCAAGGUGACUAUUACGGACCAGGGACUAACUACGACUUCUUCCCGCAUGGCCCUCCAUCCUCACAGGCCCAGUCUCCAGCCGAGUCCCCCUACAUGCUAGGCUCCGGACCCGGAGCCAUAGAGGGGUCGGGUCAUCACCCGUCAGACGACCAAAGGUACACGGACAUGAUCUCUCAUGCGGAAACCCCUAGCCCUGAGCCGGGCUUACCGAGCUCUCUCCAGCCAGUCCCCGGAGACGCAUACGGGGGUGGACCUAGUCCUCCUUUCUCCUUGGCCAGUAACUCCAGCUACAGCGCCCCGAUGUCCCACCAGGGCCAGGAGAUGGGAGAAACCACCGCCUGGUAAAAGGACAAAACACAGGGACCACCCGUCCCUGGGCUGAAUGUCUGCCUACCUAAUUCAGGAUUUGAAUCAAAACAAAACAAACAUCUAGAGACGAGAAGUUAAGAUUUUUACAGAGAACCUUUUAAGAUUACGGACUAGUUUUCACCAACAGAAUCCAGAAUGGGAAAGCUUGCAGGAAAAAUGCUGCAGGACAAAGUUACUCCAUCCAGUCGCCUUCCCCUUAAUGCUAAAGGCAUCGUCAGAGGCUCUAGAAGACAUUAGUGAACCAAAGGGGACAAGUCUUUUUCCCACCAUGUGUUCAACAGCAUUGCUUCAAAGCAAUAUUAGUCUUGGUUCUGUUAUGGUUGAUCCACCUGCUUUAAUAUUCUCACAUCUGUUGCAUUCCAGGGGGUGUGUUUUUAAUCUGGUUUUAAACAUUGUCUCACGUAAGAAAAUAUGUCAAAUCAAAGGUGGCUGCUUGACAGACACGCGCUGACUUUCCCUCGCACACAUCCCCGCUCCGAGUCCCUUAAUGCACAAAAAGUGUUCUUGAUCAUAGCUUGAAAGAAGGAUGUCUACACUAUUAUUCAAAACACGAACACAAUUAUACAGACACUUGUACCCUCCCACGCACACACACACACCCGCACACACACACACGCCUCACACCCAUCGAGGCGGCCCUGAUAGUUCUGCUCCGCUCACUGCUUCACCUGACCUUCCUUUUGUUACUGUCCCUUUUAAAAAAACAUGUUUUAAUGGAAAUGAUUUUCAAAAGAACAUUGAACCCAUAAUGGAGAAUGUCCUUCAGCAGCUGAGGUCUCCUUCCUCUAAAGGCAGAAAACAAAAGAGGGGGCAGACAACAUCUGUGACAUUACGGCUGUCUGCUCUGAAGCACUCGCUGCCAUCUAGUGGCCACUUUUCCACACAUGAACCAAAACCAAGCAGAGUCCGGCUGAAUUUUCCAUUUUCUGAAAUGAGUCGGGGUCAAGCUUCAUCGAGGCUUCUGUUUUGUUUUGUUUUUUAAACUCAGCAUCAAAUGAAGUCUUAUUUUCAGCAUUUCUUUUGGCGCCGUCUCGUCACACAAAGCACAUCUCACACCAACUUAGCUCUACUUGAAAUCUUGCUUUGAGAUCGUUUGUCUUUCCUUUGAACAUUUUAUAAAAUCUAGAAAGAAUGUGUCUUAUCUUCAGCGUACCCAAAUGUGCUGGGAUACGGACGAGUGUGUGUGUGCGCGUGUGUGUGUGCGUGUGUGUGUGUGUGUGUGUGUGUGUGUGUGUGUGUGUGUGUGUGUGUGUGUGUGUGUGUGUGUGUGUGUG